ACUCUGCUCUGUUUGCAUGAGUUAUUUUUAUUUUGAUCCCCUGAUCGACCGAUUCUUUUUGCUAAUAUAUAAUAUAUCCAUAUACCCAAUUGUAAUAAUCUAGUACAAUUUCUAAGAUUUCACAGAAUUUUGAAUAAUUCUAAAUUCUCACAUGUCGGACGCAGAAAAGAUAGAGAAUCCUCAGACAGAGGAAAAUGCUCUUCACCUGUCUGACUCUGGACAAAAAGAAGAUAAUCCUGAAACAGAGGAAAACCCUUCAACAAAUCAACCGCCUCAAGAAGGUGUGGUAGAGGCCGAAACAGGGCCCAAAGACUCCAGUGAAAAUGAAACUGUGGCACCAAAGGACAGGGAUAAUCCACCAGAGGAAAUUAAUAAACCAGAAGAAGUUGAAACUAAAAAGGAGGAAGUAGCAAUUGAUAAGGAGGUAACAGAUAAAAUAGAAGAGAAUAAAACUGAAGACAGGGAUGUAGAGAAGAUAACCGAAGAAACGAAGGAUGAAGAAAAACCUGCAGAAGAAGUUUCAGAAAUACAAGAACUGCCGGGGCAAGAUAUCAUAAAAAAAGAAGAUUCACAGGAUAAAAAUGAUACAGAUGGCGAUGAGGUGCAAGUCUCUGAGCAACAGGAAGAAAAACAAGCAGAAGAAAAGGAGGAAAACAUACCUUCUCAAGAAGAGGAAGUAAAUAGGAGCCCUCAAAUGGAUGAAGGUGGGGAUAAUGAACCUGUUGAAAGUAAGGAAACAAUUGAGGCCGCUGAACAACCCAUCACUAAAAGUGAAGGUUUAUUGGAACCUUCGGCCGGACCACCAACAGAGGAAUCACCCAGUAAAUUGGAAGAACAACCAACUGCACCUCCUCCCCCUCCGCCGAUAGUAAAAUCUGCUGUCGAAACUGCAAGUGCGAAAGAUAUUUUGGUUACAUACAGGGAAGAAGAGCAAACUCAACCAUUAAGCCUUAAUUGGACUUUUGGUUUUAAUCGUCAUAUUGGAUGUCUUAAUUUAUCUGAUACAUCUAGAAACCUUGUGAUGUAUGCAUCAUCUCAUGUGGCUGUUCUUCUUGAUUUUGAAAACCAUGUCCAGAAGCUUUUACUUGGUCAUGCGAAUGCUAUCACUUGUUUUGAUUGUAGUAGCGAUAAACGUUGGCUUGUCACUGCAGAUAAGGGUGAGAAUAGCUCUGUUAUUGUCUGGGACUCAUACACAGGAAUACCUGUUCAAUCAAUUUUCACUGUUCUUGGAGAUCAAGGAACUGUUGCAGUUGCAAUGUCAUCCGAUGCAAAAUACAUUAUAACAGUCAGUGCUGAAAAAAUUCAAACAGUCAGUGUUUGGGAUUGGACAUCUGUUUCAAAUGAGCCGAUUUGUUCCGUGAAACUGCAAAGUGCUUUUGGUGUUCAAUCUCGCGUACAAUUUUGUGCAGAUGACAAUGAGCAAUUUGUGACAAAUAGUGAUAGCCAAGUUGUAUUCUUUUCUUGGGCAUCUGGAAAACUUGAAUACCAUGCGCCCUAUCUGUCAGAUGAUGUUUUCAAUCGUGCAGUUGGGUUGUAUAGUCAAACCAUAUAUCAAGUUGAUUCAAGGCAAGCAUUGACUGGAACUUCACAAGGAAAUAUAGUGGUGUGGGAUCCUGAGCGACCAAAUGUGAAAUAUGGCCAGGAUAAAAUUUCAUCAAUACACAAACGCGCUUUGAAAUUGGUAAGAUUGCAAGACCGAGCAAUAACAACUGUGACACAAACAAAUGGAUACAUUGUCACUGGUGACGUUACUGGUGCUAUCAAGUUUUAUGAUUCAACAUUGAACUUGAUCAAUUGGUACAACAAAGGAAUGCAAAUUGGUCCUGUAACAUCUAUAUCAUUUAAAUACAAUCCAGAAUUUAAUGUUGAAAUUUUAGCAGAAACCAAGACAUUUCCUGAAGAUGCCACCAUCCCGGCCAAUCCAUUUAUUGUCAGGGAUUUCACUGUAUCUACGAAGCAUGCUGAAAUAUUUAUUGUCAAUACUGAAGGAAGUGAAUUCCAUCAUAUAUUGCGUGAACAUGAUGCAGCUGUCCAUGCAAUUGCAACAUCUUCUACCAAACCAUGGAUUUGUAUUGGUAGUUACGCAGGAUUAUUAAAAAUUUGGAAUUAUGAUACAAAACAGUGCAUGGUGUCAAGAGUGUUUGAAAAAGGUAACAACAUACAAUGCCUUGCUUUUGAUAUGUUAGGUUUGCAAGUUGCUGUUGGAAUGACUAAUGGUACAGUUCAUAUUCUUGACACUAUCAGUUUGACAAACGUUGUGGGCAAGCCAUUCCGGUAUGCCAGAGAUGCUGUCACUCAUAUUGCUUUCUCACACGAUUCUAAGUAUCUCGCCACGGCAGAUGCAGAUUUAGCAACCACUGUAUUUGAAUAUGAAACAGACUAUGGGUGGAAGUAUUUAGGACGAUAUCGAGCUCAUUACAAGCCCAUCCAGGAUCUUUCAUUCGGAGUAGCAUUGGAUUCCAACUCACCUCGAUUGCUGACAUUGGGAGAGGAUAGAACAUUAGUGGAAUAUGAUCUGCCGAAUAGUUCUAAAGAUGAUCUACGGUUAUUGUCAGUGGAUCGUAUAGAACAAAGUGCUGUUCCCAGUUGUUUGGCAUGGUAUCCUGAUGACAAAGAAAGUUUUCUAGUUACAGCAAAUGAUCAAUACAAAUUCAAAUUAUACAACACAACAACAAAAAUGUGUAGAAAAACUCUACUUGCUCCAACAUAUGGAUCAUCAAUACGCAAGAUACUUCCGCUUCCUGUUGACAAACGGGAGCCAAACAAUAAAACAAGACUUCUUGCUUAUAUCAGCAAAUAUAAGGUUGGGUUACAAAUUUUGCCUCUUGAUGGCAAUCCACAUAAGUCUGUUGCACUGGUCGGACAUCCAAAUGGAAUUUCUCACUUAGCUUGCUCUCAUGAUGGUCGAUAUCUGUUCACAGCAGGAGGGAAAGACUCUUGUGUUCAUAUGUGGUCUGCUUCAGUCAAGGCUCUGGAGGCCGCUGCAGCAUUAGGCGGUGAUGGUCUUGUACCAUUUUAUGGACUUUUGGAAGGCGGGGUAGAUGGAGAACUUUUUGCAGAAUUGGAAAAUUAUUUUUACUUUGCUCAGUUACGUAGCCAAAGCAUCGACACUACUGAAUCAAGAGAGGUGUCAACGGUUAUACCACUGGAUCAAAUCCCAUUUGUCAUGCGUGCCCUAGGAUUUUAUCCUUCUGAACAGGAGAUAGAAGACAUGCUCAAUGAGGUUAAAUUUUCUGAAUAUGUUGAAACCGGGCAGUACGUCUCAGUGAUCAAUCUUGGUGAUUUUAUUAAAUUAUACGUCAACCACAGACCUGCAUUCGGUCUUUCACCAGAUGAAAUACAGAAAGCAUUCAAUACUUUGGGCAUAGUUUCGGUGCCAGGAGAAUCAAAUAUCGCAAAACUAGAUUUGUACAAUAUCCUGCAGCGGAAAGGAGAACAUAUGACAGAACAAGAACUUUCUGAUCAUCUGGCCACCCUUCUUGGCAUAAAUGCUGAAGGUGGAAGCACAGAUUUUACCCAAACUUAUGAUGAUGAAACAACAAGUGACUUUCUCGAUAGUAUUCUUCCUGGGCAAAUUACAGCGUCCAUGUUCUCUGAGGAAAUUUUGGGCUUACCUGUUUAUGACGCUCAACAGUGACAUAGUAUGUAUUUAUUCAUUUAUUUUUAUCACUUUUUAAAUGGAAAACUAUAGAUUUGAGUUGUUUCAAUGACUGUUAUUAUGCGCGAUUCUUAAAUACACCUUUUUUUUAAGAACCGUUUUCCAUUUUUUCACUAUACACCAAUCCCAUGUUGGCCAAGCCAAAUUGAACGUUCAAACAAAUAGUUCGUAAUAAAAUUUGAUAUUUUUAGGC